UUUUAGAAGUGGCUACUACUAUACGUGCGACUGCCUAUAGCAUUGAAUCUAAUAAGCGUGUGGCUCGUUGACUGGCUUACAACAUGAGACGAUCGGGAUCAUCGUCCAGUAUGCUGCGUCCGAAACGCUCAAUAGACGAGAGUGAGGAGAGCCCCUCUUUGUCAUCCCCAUUGACAGUUACUAUUCUUAGCACUCAAGAACUUUCGCACUACAGUACCGAGCGGUACUAUAUGCUAUCUGAGAUUGAGGAACACGGGGACUCCACGCAGUUUUUGUGCGAUUUCGACGACGAUUCGGCUACCCAAGAAACUGAAGAACUCUCCGUGGAUUCAUUCGGUGCCCACAAGGAAACCCAUCCGCCAUUCAGAUUACCAGCCUUCGCAAUGCUGUACUUUCUUUGGAGGCCAGAAAUGAUGACCGACGCUCAACACUUUGCAGAAUCUGUCAUUCUUCCAACGGUGCAAAAGCUGCAAGAACACGUCCAGAUUAACAACUCAGCCGACGAAUUGAAACACUCUUCAGGCAUUUUUGCUCCACUUCCAAAGCUAACGAUAGAAACCGAUCUGGACAAAUUGCGUCGCGAAAAGGGAUUAAAGCCGACGCCAGAGGUUUCCGACAAUGACGACUUAGAAAAGACAAUACGAUUAUACGUUGUUGUUGACCGGUUGCAACAUUCGGAUGAUGUGGACGAUAUGUCUGACUUCUUCCAACGUCAAGCUGCUCUAGCGGAACAGCUUACACGGCAGAUUGCGUCAAACGAAAUCCUCCGAACCAGCUGCGAAGGAGUCACUGUUGGCAUAUCGAACAACACCCGAUCAGCUCCUGGCUUAGAAGCUUGCAUGAACGCAAUUAUGUUUGGAGCCAAAAACCGCCGGCAGCAUGCCACGGGAAGCAAGUCUAUGGUAGGAAUUCUAGCAGCCGAACCGGGCGAUCUAUUGGGUGUAGAACCGGAAGAUGAACCUGAGGCUGCUCAAGGCGUUUGGCAAAGGCGAAUUUGCGCGGAAUGGGCGGGUCAAGGGAAUUUGCAGUCGUUCUCCAAGCGGGCACAUCGAGCAUGGGGUGUUCGGAAUCGACUCCCUCUUUGGGCGAUCGCGGAAGGCCCGGAAAUCAGAAAACGAGUCUCUCGUCGUCGACCAACCACAUUUAAAGCACCAGACCCGCAUGCAAUUGCAGGAGCUGAAAAAGGUGUGAUAAAUCAACAGACAGACGAAUUCCUGUUGAACGUUGUCGCUGUUUUUGCAAUUUUAGGGUACCUGCUUUUCCACUUGGGAAGCGAUAUGAGGCUGUAUGAUUGA